UUGCCGACUGACGUGCGUGCCCAGUGGCGGCAUCCAUCGGCGAAGUUGGCAGACAUCCACUAGAAGCAGAUCAUCAUGUCGCUUGAAAUGGUCCCGGGGGCCAAGUGCUACGUGCCGGACGAGAAGGACGUGUGGUUGCCCGCGGAAGUGAUCGGGCAAACUCCCGGCACGAAGGAAAUCAAGUGUAAAGUGUGGCUCGUCGACGGCACGACUGAGGAACGCGUGGUGAACUUGGACGAUAAGAAAACCCGCGCCCUCAUGAGCGGGAAAGGCGAGUCCGAGGACAAUGUUGAGACACUUCCAUUCCAGAACGAAAACGUUGGCGACGAAGGGAUCGAAGACAUGAUCACCCUCAACUACCUCCACGAAGCUGCCAUUUUGUACAACGUCAAGACGCGUUUCUUGAAGGAACUGCCAUACACAUACACAGGCGACAUCUGUAUCGCCGUCAACCCGUACAAGCGGUUGCAUGACCUGUAUGCCGAGCACCAGCACAUCCGGUACCUGAACUUUCCUCGGGAAGAAUUGCCACCGCACGUGUACGCGACGUCCGUGGCAUCGUACGAGAACAUGAAGACCGCGAGUCGAAACCAGUCGAUUUUAGUGUCUGGGGAAUCCGGGGCAGGCAAGACCGAAACGACCAAGAUCCUCAUGAACCACUUGGCCACGAUCGCCGGCGGCAUGAACGACGGCACGAUCAAGAAGAUCAUCGAAGUCAGUCCCUUGCUCGAGUACUUUGGGAAUGCCAAGACCGUUCGGAAUGACAACAGUUCCCGCUUCGGCAAGUUCACCCAGCUCCAGUUCGACCGCGUGGGGACGCUGGUCGGGGCCAAGUGUAAGACGUACCUCCUCGAGAAGACGCGCGUCAUCAGCCACGAACACCCCGAACGGAAUUACCACAUUUUCUACCAAGUGAUCGACUCGGGGGACACGGCCAGUGAGCUCUUCUUGGACCCGGCGGCGCACUACCGGUACAUUGGCGAGAAGUCGACGGCGAUGAUCGAAGGCCAGACGGACUUCGAGCACUUCAACAUUACCGCCGACCGGCUGUCGCUCAUCGGGUUUGACCAUGCCGCGCAGAUGGACCUGUACAAGACCCUCGCAGGGAUUCUGCAUCUCGGGAACGUGUCCAUCAUGUCCAACCCGGCCAACGACGAAGAAUCGAUGAUCUCUCCGGGCGACGAAGCGGCCGCCCAUGCGAUUGCGUUGAUGGGGCUGACCCCCGAAUCGCUGCAAAAGGCGCUCUGUUCGCGCACGAUGCGGGCCCGGAACGACGUGUACAGCGUGCCGUUGAAAAAGGAACUCGCGAUGGACUGCGUGGACGCGCUGUCUAAGGCCAUCUACUCGCGCGUGUUUGACUGGCUCGUGGAGCUGAUCAACGUGUCCCUGGCAGACGACAAGCGCAUGGACCACCAUAUUGGCGUGCUCGACAUUUUUGGGUUUGAGCACUUCAAGCACAACUCGUUCGAGCAGUUUUGCAUCAACUAUGCCAACGAAAAGCUGCAGCAAAAGUUCACGUCGGACGUGUUCAAGACGGUCCAGAUCGAGUACGACGAAGAGGGCAUUCAGUGGGAGCACAUCGAGUACGCCGACAACCAGGACGUGCUCAACGUGAUCGAAGACCGCAUCGGGAUCAUUUCGCUGCUCAACGAAGAGCUCAAGAAGACAAAGGGCAGCGAGAAGGGGUUUAUGUCUACGAUCACGUCGAUCAACAAGGACCUGUACAAACCCAGCGUGAUCGAGUUCCCGCGCACGUCGCAGACUGAGUUCAUCAUCAAACAUUAUGCGGCGCCCGUCAAGUACGAGUCGAUCGGGUUUUUAGAGAAACACAAGGACAACCUCCUGCCCGACUUGAGCGACCUCAUGCGCAGCUCCAGCAUGGCGUACAUCCAAGCGCUGUUUCACGAAAAAAAGGUCGAAGCCAAGGUCGAGCCAACGACAAAGCGGCGGGGCGGAAGCAUGAUGAACAUCUCGACCGUGGGCACGCAGUUCAAGGACAGCUUGACGGAACUCAUGACGUCCAUCCAAUCCACGAGUGUCCAGUACGUUCGAUGCAUCAAGCCCAACUCGAUCAAGAGCUCCAGCACGAUGGAGCACGCGAUGGUCGUGUCCCAGCUGCGAUGUGCUGGGGUAAUUGAAGCGAUUCGGAUUUCGCGCGCCGCGUACCCCAACCGGCAAACGCACGACGAGUUUUUGGCCAAGUUCCGGCUGUUCGUGCCAUCGGGGCCAGGGUCGUCGAAAGAAAAGUGCCAGCAGCUCAUGGACAAGUUAAAGCUGGUGUCGCCGACGCAGUACCAGAUGGGGUGGUCCAAGAUUUACUUCCAGCUGGGGGUGCUCGAAGAGCUGGAAGACCGCCGCAAGAAAUUCCUCGACAAGAAGGCCCGGUUCCUGCAAAACGUCAUGCGAGGAUGGACGCAGCGGCUCAAGUACUUGCACACAUUGGAAGCGAUCGUGACCAUUCAAGCGUUUAUCCGAUGCGUCAACGCCAUGCAUCGGUACAACACGUUCCUCAAGGGACUCACCCUUCUCCAAGCGCGCGUCCGCGGAGUCCAAGGGCGCAAGGUAGCGCUCGCCGUCAAGCGCAACCACUGCGCGGUGCUCAUCCAGCGUCACGUGGCCGGGUACGCCAAGCGCCACACGUACCAGCGCAAGCGCAAGGUGAUUGUGCGGGUGCAGUCAUAUGUUCGCAUGCACUUGCAACGACCCAAGUUUUUGGCCGCGCUCCGCGAAAAGAAGAUGGAGGCGGACAUGAAGUACCAGCUACAAGCGCUUCAAAACCGACUGGCCGAAGAGCAAAAGCGCAGUGCCGAGCUCGAGCAAGAGAAGCAAGCCAAGGACGAGGCCAUCAUGGCGGACGCCGGCGACAUGAUCGGGUCCCUCAAGGACGCGAACGAGGCGCUUAAGAAGGAGAACGACGACAUGAAGCACCAGAUCGCCGCGUACAAGGCCGACUUGGACAAGCUCAAGGCACACACGGAAAUCCAACUGAGCCAGAACUUUGUCAAGCUCAAGCAAGAGCAAGACCAGACCCAGGCGCUGCAGAAGAAGGUCGACGCGCAAGCCGCCGAGAUCGUCAAGCUCAAGGAACAAGUGGCCAAGGGAGGCAGCCCCGCCGCGGCAUCUUCGUCGUCGUCAUCCGCGGUCGCCGGCAGACUGCGCAACAAGCUGUUCCGCCAACCUGCCAACAAGAACAUUGCACCUCCCGCCGUCGUGGCCGGACCCAUGAUGGACUCGGUGACCGAGGACAAGGACGUGUUCCCCAGCAGCACGUCGGUCACGGUCAGUUCGGCCGUGGACGUGCUCAAGAAAGCCACGCAGUUCAAGCGGCCGACGUUCUGGCGAAGCGACUCGACCACGGCGCACCUCGCGGAGCCCGCAAAGUCAUCGGAACUGCAGCGGGACAGCGACCCCGACGGCACCAACAAGCCGUCCGACUACUUUGAAUUCAAGACGUCGGCAACGUCGUCGUCGUCCAUCACGAACGACUCGACGACCAAGACGGACCUGGACAGCUUGGAGAGCGCCCCUCGAUCGUCCGUGAUCAACUCGGCGAUGGCGCAAGGGCGCAGCGGCAUCUCGUCGCUCACGAACCGCAUGGUCAAGAACAUCCUCGGGGGCAAGAAGGACGAAAAGAACGGCGACGCCAAAGACGGCCGCUCCAGUCUCACCAACAGCGUGACGGCGGCGGCGGCCGCGGCAGUGGCCAAGCAGCCGUCGCGACCCGUGACCGCCCCCCAAGAGAGUUUCAACUUGGACUCGUUGCCCGAAGCCCCGUUGCCCAAUGGCUGGGAUGCCAAGGUCAGCCGCAACAAUGGAAAAGUAUAUUACGUAAACAAAACGCUCAAGCUCACGCAAUGGGACCGCCCGUCCAUCGAAACGCUCAAGUUGAUGAAGCAAGCCAAGAAGCAGCAGGAACUGCCGCCCCAAUAAUAGUUACAAUUCCUUUGUCAUGUUUCGGGUUGGAGACAACUCUCAAGGCAGUGGUGGUCGCAGCUACACACACGUACUACAUGCUACGUGCAUAAUUUCCCAUUUCCAAGUCGAAAUUGCCGACUCUGAUGCGUGGCGGAGUUUCUUAUACACCUCAACCACGCACACGC